UUCUCUUUAAUCUCUCCCUCCCCCUCCAUCUUUGGUCUCAUCAGAGAGAUCUUUCUUUUCCUCCUGCAAACUACAGCCUACAGGAACUAAUAAAAUUCUCAAAUCUUCCUUUCAAAAUUAGAAGAUGAAAAGAAUAGAUUUCUUCUGCGCUUCGCCUGCUUCAACAGCGAUUUGCUCUAGUCAGGAUCAUCGUUCCAUGAUCCGCCAUGGAACUAGACACAUUGAUCGCAAGAAUUCCAAGACUUACUCUCAUUAUGAUGAGAAGAAUAAAAAGGUUCGCGCAAAACAAAGCGAUUUGGGUAGGAAAAGCUCUGCGGAUAAUAAACUUAGCGAUUUACGUAGAAGAAGCUGUAGUGAUAUUAAUGAUGUUCAUGUUCAUAGUCCAAAGGGCUCUUCUAGGUAUCUUUUGAGUGAGAAAGUUCCUUCUAUUGAUUGGAUUUCUGCUGAGUCCGAUCUUUCUUCCACAUUGGAUAUUGAUCCUAAGCAAAACUUGAGGCUAUCUUCUUCAAGAUCAGCUCAAAGUACAAAAUCUAGGCAUUAUCCAAGCUCUGAUAUCAGUAAUUCUCCUGCUUUGAAACCUUCUUCCUCAGCUCGCUCUCAUGAUCAGCAGGUUGUGGUUUUGUGGGUCUCAAUCCACUGCAAGGGUUGUGAAGGAAAAGUGAGAAAGCAUAUCUCUAAAAUGGAAGGAGUAACAUCAUUCAGCAUAGAUUUGGCUACAAAGAAAGUUACAGUGAUAGGGAAUGUGACUCCAUUAGGUGUUCUUGCUAGUGUUUCCAAGGUGAAGAAUGCACAACUUUGGCCAUGUCCAUCCUCAUCUUCUCCAUCCUCUAUCUUCUUGUCUCACUGAUCUGAUCGAUCUCUGAUUUAUCUUAGUUUUGUAAUGGUUAGUGUGAGUUAAUAUCUUGUGUGUUUAUGUAUCUUUAGCGGUUUAAUUAAUCAUUAGUCAUGUCUAGAAUGUAUUUUGCAACGUAAAUGUGAACUAUUUUUGUGAAAACAAGAUUAAUCGUAUGAUUUUUCACUAUUUGAAAAAUAAUUAAAGUGAAAAAAGUGUUCAUGAUAA